AUGGGAACCUAUUUAUCAAAGCCGAACACAGAGAAAGAGACGCAAACAGGAUCGUCGACAAAGAUCAAAUAUGCUUCGACGUCAAUGCAAGGAUGGAGGGUUCAUCAAGAGGAUGCACACAACUGUAUUUUAAAUUUGGUUGACGGGUGGUCGCUAUUUUCUGUUUAUGAUGGACAUGGAGGACCGGAGGUUGCCCAGUACACCGCCGAAAAACUGCCCGAAUUUCUGAAAACAGACUUAUUCAAAGACGGAGAGCCAAUCGAGCGAAACUUCCAAGAUGUGUUUAUUGAGUAUGAUGAUCAUUUGAGGGGCGCAGAGGCAAUGAAAAAGCUACAACAAAUCGCUGGGAUAACCAAAGACAAUCAAGAUGAUAACGAGGAAGAAGUAGUAAAAAUGUUCGAAGAGUCAUCACUUCCCGUGAAAGCACUACUAGAAAAGUAUGGAGUUCGUUUGCUACGCAGAAACUCUGAUGGAAUGGCUCGGAGUCUAGAGGAUGGAGUAGAACCGGAAGAAAACGAGGAAGAACCGCUUGAUGAUGAGGAAAACGAAGAAGAGAAUGAACAGGGAAAUGGAGAAGAAAAGGAGCCGAUUAAAACAAAGAAAAGACCAUCGACUGAGAAAGAAGUCGACGAGUGUAAGCGUCGAAAAGUUGAGGAUGAAAAUGCUGAAAAUGCUGAAAAGAAAGAAGAGACAAGUGAACAAGUGAAUGAUGAGGAUAAGGAUGAGAAGUCAAACGAAGUAGAUGAAAGUCAUGCAGAAGGAGGAUCUAAUGGAGCAUGUGGCACAACGGGUGAAGAUGAUGAAGACAGUGAUCCGUCAUACAGAGAAGAGGAUGAAGAAUCGUUUGAUGAAUCAGAAGAAGAAUUAGAUGAAGAAGACCCCGAAACGAUGGAAGGAGGAAAUAUGGGUGGCGAAGUACCGGGAGAAGACUCGGGAACAACCGCGUGUGUCUGUCUACUAAGUGACUCAAAGAUCAUUGUCGCAAAUAUUGGUGACUCUCGAGCAGUUUUGUGCCGAGAUGGAAAAGCGAUCGAUUUAUCCGUUGAUCAUAAACCAGAAGAUGAAGCAGAAACAAAAAGAAUCGAAAAAGCCGGUGGUAAAGUCACCGAGGAUGGAAGAGUAAACGGCGGUUUAAAUCUCUCCCGUGCUUUCGGUGAUCAUUUCUACAAAAAAAACACCGAACUUCCUUUGGCGGAUCAAAUGAUCAGUGCGUUACCUGAUGUGAUCACCAAAGAGCUCUCACCCGAGGAUCGAUUUCUCAUUGUUGCCUGUGAUGGAAUCUGGAACUCUAUGGAGAGUCAACAAGUUGUAGAUUAUGUAAAAGAACGCUUAGAAAAGAAGAGAUCUCUAGCUGAUAUCGUUGAAGAGUUAUGCGAUUCGUGCAUGGCGGAAAAUACGGCCGGUGACGGGACUGGAUGUGACAAUAUGACCGUUAUUCUUAUCGAUUUACAGAAAGCACAAGAUGAAUCUCAAACGGCUAUUCUG